UCCUUCAAUCGUUUGUCGUCAAGAUACUGUACAGUACACGUAUUUUCAUGGCAAAACUUGGGAUUUGUGAAUAUUAUUAAUUAAGGUUAGCAACUGAUAAUACAACAGAAGAGAAUACAACUAAACACUUGUCGGUUCUAAUUGAAUGCAUUCAUCAGUUGUUAUACCUACCUAGCUAGCUAGCUAUAGAGUACAACUAUAGUUAGUGCGCUUCAACUAACGUUGACUAGCCAUUACUUCUUAGCACUAGCUUGCCAGCUCAACUUUAACCUGUUAAUUUUUUGUCUUUCGUAACGUGUUGCAUUUGCACCAGUGAUGAUAAAAUUGACGGUAAAAUCGGCAGGACUUCUGGUUGUGUUGUGGUUACUUGGGGACUAUGUCCUGGGUUGGUUUCACAAAAUCGUUAAAACAGAAACAUACAACCAAUAUUCUUCUAGAGAGGAUGCUGACAGUCAAGAUCAGAGCUGUUUUUGUCACUUGACUGGAGUCUUGGACGACUGCUUCUGUGACAUCGAGAGCAUUGAUGUCUUCAACAACUUCAAAAUCUACCCCCGCAUUCAGAAGCUGACCGAGAGGGACUACUUCAGAUAUUACAGGGUUAACCUGAAUCGGCCCUGUCCCUUCUGGCCUGAUGAUAGCCACUGCUCCAUCAAGGACUGCCAAGUGGAGCCCUGCCCGGAGAGCAAGAUUCCGGUGGGAAUCAAGUCGGGGAACUACAAUAAGUACUCCCAGGUGGCCAACGACAUCACAGACAUAGCAGAUUGUGAACAAGCCCAAGACCUGGGGGCCAUAAACAGCACGCUGAGCAACUAUACUAAAGAGGCCUUUGAGGACUGGGCCCGGCACGACGACGCACAGGACCACUUUUGUGAGCUGGAUGACGAGACUUCUCCCGAUGCAAACUACGUGGACCUGCUCCUCAACCCGGAGCGCUACACAGGCUACAAAGGCCCCUCGGCUUGGAGGGUGUGGAAUAGCAUCUAUGAGGAAAACUGCUUCAAGCCUAGGUCAGUCUACCGGCCACUUAAUCCAAUGGUGCCGCCCAGAGGAGGAGAUGAUGACGGCGAAGGCUUCUACAACUGGCUGGAAGGUCUGUGUCUGGAGAAAAGGGUGUUCUACCGGCUCAUCUCUGGUCUGCACAGCAGCAUUAACAUCCACCUGUGUGCAGAGUAUCUGCUGGAUGAGGGCUGGGGCAAGUCCCUGUGGGGCCCCAACGUGCAGGAGUUCCGCCAGCGCUUCGACCCGGCCGAGACCAAAGGCGAGGGCACACGGCGUCUCAAGAACCUCUACUUCCUCUACCUGAUCGAGCUGCGCGCCCUCUCCAAGGUGGCGCCUUACUUCGAGCGCGCCUUCGUCAAUCUGUACACAGGAGACCACCAGGAGGACCGUACCACCAAGGAGCUGCUCUUGCAGUUCUUCAAUGACACAAAAGCUUUCCCAAUGCAUUUUGAUGAGAAGUCCAUGUUCGCCGGGCAGAAGAUGGAAGCGAAAACGUUAAAGGAGGAAUUCCGGCUCCAUUUUAAAAACAUCUCCCGGAUCAUGGACUGUGUGGGCUGCAGUAAAUGUCGUCUGUGGGGGAAGCUACAGACACAAGGGCUGGGCACGGCUUUGAAGAUCCUCUUCUCUGAGAAAGAGAUCAAGAACCUUCCAGAACACAGCCCUUCAAAGGGCUUUCAGCUAACACGUCAGGAGAUAGUUGCCUUGCUGAACGGCUUUGGGAGGCUCUCUACAAGCAUCCACCAGCUUCAUAAUUUCCGGGCUUUGCUGAAGGAAAAGAGGUAACAAACACCCCCUUCCCACCAGUGCUACCAUCUUCCCGCCACCAGGUGGAGCCAGCCAAGAGAAAACUGCAAUAGUUUUAUUCCUCUCCAGGAUAAGACCAUGUUUAGGGACUUCAGGAUUGACUCUUAACCCCCAUCCCUCCCUCCUUUCUUCCUACAUGAAUAGUUACUUACCCUCCAACUCUCCCAUUUUAAGUCUCUAAAACCUCCCCCAAAGGUGUUUUGCAUCCUAAGAACCUGAAAUACAGCCCAAAUGGCAUUAUUCUAACUUGAGUUCAACUACGGGGAGUACUUCACAGCACGUGUUUUGUCUGCACUCCAUUCUGGAGUACAUGGCUUGUCAUUUUAUUUCACCCCUUUUUCUUUCCCUUCCUUUUAUUGUAAUUGUUUUUCUUGAGAACAGUGUCGCUUGAUGCCUGAGAAAUCUGUACCUCCUUGUUUAGUUCAGUUUUUACUUUUUGUGGGUGAAAGUGUUAACCAUCUCAGGCAUACUAGUGUUAAGCUAUACCCACCCUCGAGUAAGCCCAUAUGUUAUUGGAGGUGUGUGUUUGUGAGUGUGUGUGUGUGUGUGUGUGUUGUUCAUCACCAGUUGCCGCUAAUCGAUAAUUUGAACUACGAUCCAUUAUGUACUUUUAUGACCAUGAGCUUAAUAAGCAUCGCAGCCUUUUGCUGUCCUUGAUGUGUAACUUUAUCCUGUCUCAACAUGUGUGUGCAUUGAUUGAACAAACGUCUAUGUAAGAGAGUGCGUUUGUCUUUGUGUGUCUGUGCAUUUAUAUGUGCUGUUUAGGGGUGUUUUAGCAUCAUCUCCAUUUGGUAAUGCAGUCUUAAUGCCCAGCACACAAAUUAUUCAAGGUAUAAUUUAAAUAUGAAAAAGAAACUAAAGUCUUGCAGGGCAACAGGCACACAUUGCCUAUUCCUUAUGCGUGUUCAACAUAUCUAGUAGUUAGACUAUUAACAUAAUGCAAUUGAACAAUGUAGAUUGUUGAGAGUACAACAAGCAAUGCCAAAUGUCAGAUGGGGCUUAAUGUCCCCCCCCACCACCUCUUUCCAGUCUAAUGUAGUGGUACAUUGGACACUCCAAUUUCCAGCUUAUUGUUUUAUUUAUUUUUCCAGUUUGGUUUGAAUUUACUUUUGGGCCUAAGCAUACUUUACUAUUUUUUGUUCCAGUUUCUAACGAAUCUAUAGCAUUUGGCCCUAAUGGAGUUCCAUCUCAGAAACAUCCUGUUUACACAUAGCCCAACUAAAAACAGAAGAAUAAAGAAAUAAUGAGAGAGAAAACAAGAAGUUUCAAGAUGAACUCAAUAUAGGAAUAGGAGGUUCAGACAAACCUGACACAUUUUAGUUUUAGACAAUAUCAAUUGUGCCGUCAAAAAAUCACUUCUUGCAAAAGCCAUUAGGUAUUUAGCCGAUAGGCUGGGCCUUCUGUCAAUAAAAGUUGUAGUAAAUUCUAAAGAAUUAUUCUACAGGGCUAGACAAAGCCUGGUUUAUUGGACCUAUUACUUUCAAAUAUGUUUAGGUUAGGAGUAGUGUAGGGGUAGUAUACAAUUAUUCAGAUUGACUUGCAGUAUGGACUCUAUUUACACCAGUUGUGGCUUUUGAAACAUUGUUUACCAAUGUGUAUCUACAGUCCUUUACUUCGUGUUAUUCCCUCAAACUGAGCCCUUUGUGCACCAUGCAGAUUGGAUGUCUAGUGUUAUUAAUGUUAUGAUUUAUGUUUAACUCUGUCAGGGUUUGUGCUUAUACCGAUAUGGAUAUGACGUUUCCUGUCAGAGCCUGAAAUGGAAGAACCACACUUUCUUUUUGGGAAUUUAUUUUAAUAGUUUUUCUGACUGAAAUUGUUAUUUUACAAGGUGGACCAAAGAUUUUAUGUUUCUUUUAUUUAUAUUGUCACGGCAAAGCACAUGUAAUUAUCAACUGCAUUUUUGGACUUUGCAUCACUGACGUAGCGUGGUCCGUUCAGCCCCCCCCCCCCCCCCCCCCCCCACACACACACGUGAAGCUGAUCUUGUUGUAGAUCACGCUAACAUCCGCCGUCUGAUUAUGAUAUCGCAACAGAAACACGCGAGGUAACAUAGAAAUGACAAAUGUUCUGAUUGUGGCCACCUCGGGCGCCGCUCCUACCGCGAGACCGGAUGCAAUCGCACCUCCUGAACCCCCAAUAGUUAUGCCAGUGCUUUGCACCCCACCCCCACUCCCUCCCGCCACUUGUUUAACAUUUUUUCGAAAAUGUCACGAGUGAGGAUAGCCUUAUGUGCAAACAUGACAAGUUAUUGGUAGCCAGACAAUAUCUGGGUAAUACAUUUUAACUCAUUUUGUAAAAGAUCCCAAUCCAUUCAAACAAAUGUAGAAAUGGGGUCCAGUAGGUAGUACUUGAGUCUAUUCUGGUAGCUAGGUUAGCUGAUACGCUAACCCAAAGGGCAAUGCUGCUGUCACCGUGAAUGUGAACACUGUGGAUAUUUGAAUGGACUGUUCCAAUUGAGAGAACUGAAGAUGAAGUGUUUGCGCGUGUGUGUGUGCGUGUGUAUGCGUGCGUGUGUGUGCGCGUGUCUGAGCAUUGCAUGCUUUCAGAACACCAGAACGUCUCGUGCAAUCCAAAUGUCUGCCUUAAAAGUUCAACAACAACAAACAUGUUUUGUGGAAAAACCCACCUGCUUUCUAGGAUGAAAUCUACCAUUUUGUAGCCAAUGACCUCCACGCUCUUCUGCUGUCUCUGCCUUCGUAAUAUAUUCAGAUUACCCAUACAGUUGUGCUAUUUGAAAAAGGAAAAUUACUGAAAGGUUUUCUGUCUAUGAAUAUAUAUAGUUCCACCUAUUGAAAUGUAUACUGUAUUUAUUUAAAGAGAGGAAUAAAUAUUUCUGGUUGUCAUUCA